AGAAAAACAACAGAACGGCGCGGACUUUCGACCGGUACGAAUCGAAGUGGGUCGCGAGCACACAGUACGACCGAAAUCGCGGAAGCCAUGGAAUAAGAAUUUCGCGUCGGCCGGGUUGUGAACUAGACAGACGCUCGAACGACAGGUGGUUGCUUGAACCUUGCGGCACCCUUAAAUGUGCGCGUUGAAGUUUCGCCACACGAUAUUAUGAUGCACUCGAAAAUACGUUACGGCCCGGGCCGGGGGUUUUGGACUGUGAUUUUGCUCGUGUCGUCGGUGGGUGUAAUCCAAAGGAUUAAAUGCCAAGAGCUAAAAUGCGGCCAUCCUCCAGUACCUCUCAACGCUCGCAUGACAUUGAGCUCGCCCAGCCUAGUACCCGGUACCAUAGCGACGUACCGCUGCGAUGAAGGUUACGAAACGUUCGGAAAUACUCAGAUUUCUUGCUCGCCUUCGGGGCAAUGGGCAGGUGAAAUGCCAUUUUGUGGAGUGAACAUAGCCUUCAGAAAACCAGCUAAUCAAUCGACUACCGUACGUGGUGGCAGUUCACUCAACGCCAACGACGGCGAAAAAUCUACAGAUCACGACAGCAAAAAGUGUUCCGAAACCCAAAAGGAAGCAAGCCCGUGGUGGCAAGUCAAUUUGCUCAAACCGUACCCCGUGAAAGUCGUGAGGGUAACCACCAGGGGAUGUUGUGGUCAUCAGCCUCUCCAAGACCUGGAGAUCAGGGUUGGGAACAGCAGCAGCGACUUGCAGAGGAACCCCUUGUGCGCUUGGUUCCCGGGCACCAUAGACGAAGGAGUUACAAAGACCUUCACCUGUGCACGAUCGCUGAUUGGUCAGUACGUUUUUCUGCAACUUGUCGGCGUCGAGGGGUCACUUUCCCUUUGCGAGGUUGAAGUAUUUACAACAGAUGAAUUCUCCGUGGAUCGCUGCGCUCCCAAAAAUUCCCCUGAAGAGGCUCAACUUGCGGCGUUCGCUCAAACGUGUUACGAGUUCGGCGUGACCAGGGGCGGCUCGUUCCAGGAAGCGAGGGCCUAUUGCCAAGGCCACAACGGCGACCUCGUUCACGGCAUGAGUCCAGGUCAGACAUCGUACCUGUACGCCGAACUCGAACGAAGAAAGCCGAUGUUGAAAACGCAGCUGGUAUGGAUCGGGGCCCAGAAAGAACCCGGACUGACUUCGCGGACUUGGAAAUGGGUUAAUGGGGAUUUGGUGCAGCGUCCAUCUUGGGGCAAAGACCAACCCAACAACUACAACGGCGAGCAAAACUGCGUGGUACUUGACGGGGGUCGUGGGUGGCUGUGGAAUGACGUGGGAUGCAAUCUGGACUAUUUGCAUUGGAUCUGUCAGCACGUACCACCCACGUGCGGCAGUCCAGACAAAUUGAUCAACACUACCAUCGUCGGAGUCGACUACAGCUUGGGGUCGACGAUCAAGUACCAAUGCCCCGAAGGCCACAUGUUGAUCGGCGACGGCAAGCGGAAUUGCGGCAAAAAUGGAUUCUGGACCGGGACAGCACCAACUUGCAAAUUCGUGGACUGCGGGUCGUUAUCAGACUUGGACCACGGCACCGUCACCUUGAAAGACCAAAGGUCUACCCACGGCGCUAGAGCAAUCUACAGUUGCCACGAAAACUACACUUUAAUAGGCCACGAGAUCAGAAUCUGCGGCGACGACGGCAAGUGGACGAAUUCAUCUCCUCAGUGCUUGUUCGACUGGUGUCCCGACCCACCCGCGAUCCACGGUGGCGUUUUCAAGAUUUCCGGUCGCAGGGCCGGUGAUAUCGCGACCUACAGCUGUCAGCCGGGAUACGUCAUCAACGGGGAAGGGGUGCUCUCUUGCGGUCUGGGCGGCGAAUGGUCGGGAAAAGCGCCCACGUGUAAAUACGUCGAUUGUGGAGCACCUCCGAACAUAGACUUCGGCAGGUACGAGUUGAGGAACGGUACCACCACAGUGGAGAGUAUCGUCGAGUACUCUUGCGAUGGGGAUUAUUGGCUGGACGGCCAGCAAGUUCAGAAAUGUACGAGGGAAGGGAAAUGGUCGGGGGACGCACCAUUCUGCGAACUGAUAACGUGCGAUGAGCCGGACGUUCCUGGAGGCAGCUACGUGGUGGGUAUCGACUUCAACGUGCACUCCGCGAUAGAAUACCACUGCGAGGUGGGUCACAUUUUAAGGGGCGAGGCGUCCCACGUGUGUCAACGAAACGGAGAGUGGUCCGGGGCCACGCCCACAUGCGAAUACAUCGACUGCGGGAAAGUUCCCCCGAUGUUGUACGGCGAAGUCAAGUAUACCAACGGCACCACCUAUCUGGGGAGCGAAAUUGUCUACGCCUGUACCAAGAACUACCGAAUCAACGGUAUAUCGAGGAGGUACUGCAUGGAAAAUGGGCAAUGGAGCGACUACGCCCCUAAAUGCGAAGAAAUAAGAUGUCCCGAACCGAUCUUGGCCGAGCACAGCAUUCUUUCCGUCACAGGGAACGAUAGGAUGUAUGGUAGAACACUGAUCAGGACGGCGGAAACUUCGAACGUCGGGGCGACGUCCUACAAAAUCGGCGCCCUAGCCAAAUACCGUUGCGAGAGGGGUUACAAGGUGAUUGGCGAACCCCUGAGCACUUGCGAAGAUAACGGCUCGUGGAGCGGGGCCGUGCCCCAGUGUGUCUACGUCGACUGCAGGAAUCCUGAGAAAGUAUCAAACGGUGUCGUCACCUUGCCAUCUAACGCUACGUAUUACGGAGCUUUGGCGCUCUACUCCUGCGAUCCCAAUUUUGAAUUGGACGGCGUCUCGAGAAGGUUGUGCCUGGAAAAUGGCACUUGGAGUUCGGAUACGCCCGCGUGUAGAGAAAUUCAAUGUAAAGAGCCCGACUCAUUCGCCGCGGUCUCAGUCAAAGUCAGCACUCACAGCGUCGGAGGGGUGGCCCAGUAUUAUUGCCCCAGAGGGCACACCAUGCAGGGCAACAACUCGAGAAUAUGCUUAAAGAAAGGCCUGUGGUCGGGAACAGCGCCGUCGUGCUUGCCUGUUGACUGCGGUCAUCCCGGUACCACCGACAACGGGCGAGUUAUAGUAAUGAACGGCACCACGUACAACAGCGCCAUCGAGUACCAUUGCGUUCCGGGUUUCGAAAGGAUCGGUCCGUACCUCAGAAAAUGUAUGGAUAACGGCCAAUGGUCGGGAGAUCAGCCGAGAUGUGAAGCUGCCGCGGAAGAACCCCAACAAGAGUCCAAUUUGGGCACACACAUUGGAAUCGGAGCGGGAGUUGUGGUGUUCUUGCUGGUACUGCUGGGAGUGAUAUAUCUUAAAUUGAGGAAACCGGUGGCCGUCAAGAACACCGAGAACGUGGAAGGAGCCGAGAGAAAAGAAGAUCGCAACGCGGCUGUCAUGAGCUACGCAACGCUCAGCGAUCGGAACGGUUACGGACAGACCAACAUCUACGAAAACAUCCACGAGGAAAAUUUGUAUGACGCGCCUUAUGAAAGCGAUAGCGGGACUUACGAACCCGAACCGAUCGGAAGGAACGGCAGCGCUGUGACGGUUAACGGCGUUUCUGUUCGAUAGUGGGCACAGUCGGUAGGAUCGGCACUCGACCGUGACAAAGACUUUCAACCAAUUUGACGCGACUGAAUUAGACGGUUAGACGUUUGACUGUCUAUUUAAAUUAAGUUUGUCGUUUUAAAAUUAUCUUAUGAACGAAGGAGGACCUAAACAACAACGAAAUUCUUUUUAAAAUCAAGCGCACGCAGAGCGAAGAUAAUAUUCUGUGAUAAUAUACGAAAAAAUGGGAAAUUUAAUAACACUGGGGUAUCAAGACGGCUUUGGAAAUCAAAAAUAAUGGUUCAGUUUAUACCACUGGUUAAAACUGGUUCUAAUUAUAAUAUAAUUUUUUCCUUCUUUGUUUGCCUAAAACAGAUAACUAAAAAAAAUAGAGAUGUCAUAAAUUUAAUGCUUCUUUAAGUUUUUGGACCCUCGGCAAAAAAAUACAUUAAAAAGUUUGAUUCUUUGCCGUCCACGGUAUAAAAAACAAUUGUUUUCAAAAAUCAUCAUUUAUUUAAUCAAAAAUUUCAAUAGAAAAUAGAAAAAAUUUAAAUUUCUUGCACUUAAUGGUGACCCUUCCUGCAAAACUGCGAUAUUCCUUUUGUAGCAAGUUUAAAUGAAAAUGUUGGAUGACACUGCCUUAAGAAAUGGAAUAUAAUGUUAGGUACUUCUAACCAAGGAAAAAGCAGAGGCUUUAACAAAUAUGUUUCAAUUUGAUAUUCGUAUAGGCUGAAGUACUCGGAAUAUACGGAUCGAAGAACCAAAAAAACAUUACCGUAUCUUUCGUUUUAUCUAAGUUACCUAGAUUUGUAAAUUAUUGUAUAGUGUAGGAAUCUGUAAUUAGGUAUGCAUCUAGACACGUGUGAUUUUUUCGCGAGAAUGACUCAUUGUAUAUAAUAUUUUUAUAAUAAAGU